UCAGUAGAUGUGUUUACACAGAUGAAAGUUCAUAUCAGUAGAGAGAAAAUUUAGUCCAGCUUUUUACUCCUGAUGUUUAAGUCCACAGUGAAUAUGUUGUGAUCUCUUUCUGUUAUUUAGUUUUUUGUUCUGAGAAAGAAACAACAAUAUGAAUAAGUCACUAGCUGUCUUAAUCUUAGCUGUUCUGCUCUUUAAAGGUGUGGACAGCAUCAGCCUAACGGAUGAGGACUAUGAAAUGGCAGACAAACUCUUCACGCUGGGAGCUGAAGCAUUUUUGAAAACCUUGGACAAUUUAAAAGGGGCAGCAGAAGUGGUUAUGGAACAAAAAAAGAUCAAUAAAACAGGUACUGAAUUGCAAGACUUGUGGAUUUCUCUGAAGGAGAUGAUCAAGAAGAUCACUGCUGAGAAAGAAGCUAAAGGACAUGAUCAUUUCAUUAUAUCACUGCACAUUAUUCACAGACUGAGUAUGGUUUUUCAAGGCGGUCUGUUUCAACUCAUAAGAGCAUUCCCCAGGGACUCAUGGAUUGGCCAAGAAUUUGGCAUGUAUAAAGGGAUCUUCAAAAACGAGACAGUGGUGGAUUUCUGGAAAUAUGUGGAGUCACGCUACCUUCCAGGAGCUCCACCAAUCUACAGAGAUUCCUUGGGCUUCCUCGCUUACCUUCUGUCUAAGUUAGGGGCACAGCCCAAAGUGGCUGAGAUCCUAAAAGUUGCUAUGGAACUUGGAAAGACAGACAUCAAUCAACUUUUUGAUGAAGUGCAAAUGGCUGUGCAACUUGUCAGAGAGAAGGCCAUGGAAAUUUCCACCUUAGAGAGGCAGAAUGAGAAGGAUGAGUUUCUAAUAACAUUGAGAACUGCAUCUGGAGUUCUUGCAUUUUACUGGGAUAAACUAUUGGAAUACUCUGAGAGCCAGCCAUUCCAUAACAAGUAUUUAGCUGCUGUAAGGAGGUGGAAGGAGCUGAGAGUGUUGAAAGAUACUGAAAAAUAUCAUGUAAUUACUAGCCCAGAAACAGGACUUCAAACCUGGGCUUGGGCAGAUGAGCGUUUUAGUGAUCUUUUUGACAAUGCUGCCCUAGAAUAUGAUCGAUGGGGUAAUGGGAUUUUUGGAGAUGAGAGAUUCAAUCAAUCCAGCUGGGCCAUUAUGAAGAUGGCGACAGUAUACCCUCUUCCAAUUUAUGAAAGAUUGUCUGAAAAUGGCCUUGGGAUGUCUGAAGUUAAUGAUUUUUUUAUUGACACUGAAAACACUCUCACCGAAUUAUUAGGCGAGGACAUCAUGUUCAAUCUGAAGUCUGUGAUUUAUGAAAUAUGGAAUAUUAUUAGUAAUGAAAUUUUUCAUGUUUCCAUAAACAAGAAAAACCAAAUAACAUCAAAUGUGGAAUAUGAGGACCCCUUGCGACAUUUACGCAAAAUUAAAGGAACGUGCUUUGCCAUCUGGGACAGAGUUCUCUCUGAGAUUAACCGACAAAUUAAAAAUGUUGGACACAAAGAAUUAGCAAGGCGCUGGGAUGAAGUGAAGAGCAUUUUCAUUAAAGAGUUAACUGACAGUGGAGAAUUAACUCAAGAGAAGCUUGAUGAAGCAAAAAAAACCUUUAAUAGUGUCACACAAAUGUUCUUCGACAAAUAUGUAAAAAUGAUCGAUGGUCUGGAGGAAAGGAUCAGUGCUUCCACUGAAAUUCUUGGCAAAGUGAUGGUGAUGGCUUUAUUUACCAUAGAUUCUGUCCUGGUUAAUCUGGCCUCUCUGCUGUCUAAUUAAUUUCUCUCAAGUGCUUCGUGUCUGUUAUGCUGAAAUCAGGUCUGGUAGUCUCUGACCUGUAGGCCUCAUCAUUUCAUUUUGAGGAUGCAUCUGAUGCUCUUUCCCAAAUGUGUUGAUAAGAUAUUUUGAUAAGGUUUGUGUAUCCAAAAAUGAAAAUUUGCCAAAAAUGUACUCACCCUCAGGCCAUCUGAGAUGUAGAUGAGUUUUUUUCUUUUUCCGAAACAGAUUUGGAGAAGUUAAGCAUUA